UUCAAAUAUCAUCGUCCAAUUCUGAAGCACUCUGAUUCCCAUUUCUCCAAGUAUUGACAUUAAUUAUGAUAAAUGCAUUGCCAAUCUGAUUGAUAUACAGUCUCAAUGAAGGAAGAAAGGAGUGGUAGUCGAUAGAUGUUCAAUUACCACAUGUUUUAUAUCUAUUGGUUUACUGAAAUAGUUUGCUCAAAAACAAGUCCAACCGUGCGAGACCCAACGUCCUGGUUGGUUCCUUCCUAAAAUUAAGGAAAAGAGAAAAACAAGCUUUAUUUCGUUUCUUUUCUUGUCUAUAAAAUUUAGAAAAAGCCUUAUUUGCUUUUGCCUUCAAAAUUUUGGAUUUCCUGAAGAAAUCUUUGUGUAAUCGAGAAUAAAUGGAUCAGGUGUUCAACAAGGUUGGAUCCUACUGGUUAGGUCAGAAGGCGAACAAGCAGUUUGACUCUGUCGGCAAGGAUGUCAGCUCGCUAUCAACGAGCAUCGAAGGAGGAACAAAAUGGUUGGUCAACAAAUUCAAAGGAACAAUGCAGAAGCCGUUGGCUGAGUUGCUAAAAGAAUAUGAUUUGCCGGUUGGCAUCUUCCCACGCGAUGCUACAAACUACGAGUUCGAUGAGCAGACAAAGAAACUGACGGUGCUGAUCCCAUCAGUCUGCGAAGUUGGCUACAAAGACUCAUCGGUCUUAAAAUUCACCACAACAGUAACGGGACGUCUUGAGAAAGGGAAGCUAGGUGACUUGGAAGGAAUGAAGACAAAAGUAAUGAUAUGGGUCAAAGUCACAAGCAUCUCUGCAGAUUCAUCAAAGGUCUAUUUCACUGCAGGUGUGAAGAAGAGCAGAAACCGAGAUGCUUAUGAGGUGCUAAGAGAUGGCGUCCGAGCCGAUAAAUUUUAGUUACUCCAUAUAUUCUUCUCCUUACCGACUCUUCUUACUUAAAACAUAUAAAUAUUUUUCCUUCUUCAAUUUGCACGAUCGGCUUCAUUUGAAGAUACAUUAACCGGUGUGUGUUUUAUGAAGAACUAGGGUCGGCCCGGGCUACGCCCGGGUUUUUUGUUUAAAUUUUAGUUUUGUAUUAUAUAUUUUAUAUGGUAUUUUUGAUAUAUAAAUAUUAUAAUCUAUUAUAAAAAUAUAAGUAUUCAGACAAUUAUAAAAAAAAAGGAUUCAAUUAUUUUAUAUAUUUUUAUUUUCUUUAUAUUUUGUUUAAUUUUGUUUCUCAAACUAUUAUUUUUUGGAAAUUUGUUUUGAUCAUCUAUUAGCUUUUAGUUGUUGUUUUGCGUUAAUACCUUAUUAAUUUCACUUAACUGAAAAUUAUUUAUUUAAAAAAAAAAACAUGGGAUUCACUUCUUUGAUAUAUAGUUUUUAAUAUUGGUUUGAUAAAACAUUUAAAAUCAACUCAGCGAUUCCGAUAUUUUUUGUUAUUACGAAUUUUCUCAUGUUAAUUAUCUCUUUGAAUUUUUUGAAAAAAAAAAGCAGUGAAUAAUUUUGUUAUACAGCAUUAGUUUCACGAUUCUAAUCAAAUCACUGAUAUUAUAGACUACACACUUUAUUACGAAAGAAACGGAUGCUUGGAUACAAAUUAAGUGAAUAACAAAGUUGAUCUUAUACGGCAAUAUAUUGAUCUCAACCAUAGCACUGGCACAUUGAGAUGCCAUAGUUUCUUCUUUACGACUUUGUGUUAUCCUUUUAAACCCCUGAACACAAAAAAAAAAAAAACUUACAAUAA